AUGUGAUUCGGGUCAAAAUUGCAUAACAGUGAUACAACAGUAGACUAUUUGGUUUUGAGAAAUAUAUAUUUGAAUAUAAUCUUUACAAAAAUUCGAAUGCUUAUCAUUCUGUUGGAAAACUUUUUCUACAAACAUACUCUGGUGUGAAUCUGUUGAAAGACGGAAUUUGGCUAGAUUUAUUUUCAUUCGAAUUUGUGCAUUUUUAACCUUUUCAGGCGGUAUAUUAAGCGAUAUUUUAUUCAGACACAGUUUAUUUCCAGGAUGCCUGCCUAUACUUUCCCAGUGAAUAUUGAUGAUAUAAAAGAUGCACAUAACCGAAUUCGAUCACAUGUCUACCGCACACCGGUUUUGACUUCCAGUACCUUUGAUCAAGAAUAUGGCGCAGGUAGGAAGUUCUACUUCAAGGCGGAAAACAUGCAAAAGACUGGCAGUUUCAAAGCAAGAGGGGCACUAAAUGCAAUAUUAAUGUUGGAGAGAACAAAAGAACAUAUAAAAGGCGUGACAACGCACAGUAGCGGAAAUCAUGGCCAAGCUCUGGCUUGGGCCGCAAACAUGAAAGGACUUAAAUGUAACGUGAUCACACCAAAGGACACACCGGAAGUUAAGAUACGGUCAAUUACGCACUACGGAGCGGACGUAACACUAUGCGAGCCGACGCCGACAUCCAGAGAAGAAACGUGUAAGAAAGUUGCGGAGGAGAACAACUACGACUCUGUGCCUUCCUCAGAUCACUACCACAUUAUUGCUGGUCAGGGAACUAUAGCAUUAGAAUUUUUGGAAGAUGUGCCUCAGUUGAAUGCAAUACUGGUAUCAGCUAGUAAAGGCGGAAUGGCGUCUGGAGUAGCUAUUGCAGCAAAAGCACUCAAACCUGAUAUCAAAAUUUUCAUUGUUGAACCAGACGAAAAAGAACUAGAAAAAUGUUUAAGGGCAGCUAUGAGACUCUGGCCCGAUCCACCACGGUUCGUGGACACGAUUGCGGAUGGCAUACGGAUACAACAGCUUGGAAAUCUCACCUGGCCAAUCAUUCUUAAUCUUGCUGAGAAGGAAGUCUUAACAGCGAACAAUGAUGAAAUUAUCAAAGGGAUGAAAUUCGCCUGUGAGAGAAUGAAGGUAUUGAUUGAAGGAGCAGCGGGAGCUGCUGUAGCAGCGGCUAUGUCGAGUAGACUCCAGCAGAUUGACGACAGCUUGAAACAUGUGGGUGUCGUACUGUGUGGAGGAAAUGUUGAUAUUGAUAAUUUACCUUGGUACAAGUAGUUAAUGAAGAGUGACAUACGAUAUUAAUCAAGUCUAAUCACAAGGUCUUUCCUAACAUUUAUACCAUAUAUUUCAAUUCAGAUGAUGUUUCGUUUUUCUUAAUGAUGCAAUACAUUGUAUUAGGCAAAAACAUUAAAUAUGUUCAUUCACGACAAAAGAAUAUACGGUUACAAAACAGCGUUUGAACAAAUAAAUACAUGGGUCAAUGCAAGAACAAUAUGUCUGAAGUGUCGGCUUGGUAAACAUCUGUACAUUAUUCUUGGCAAGAAAAACAUCCCUGAAAUGUUGGCUAAAUAUUCAUUUGUAUAUUAAUCAAUGUAAGAACAAUCAUUCUGAAGUGUCGUCUCAGUGAGCACCUGUGAAUGAGUCAAUACAAGAACAACAUUUCUAACGUCUAAGCUAUUUAAGCAUCUGUACAUGAGUCAGAGCAAGAAUGUUAUCUCUGAAAUGUCGUCUCAGUGAGCACCUGUACAUGAGUCAAUACAAGAACAACAUAUU